AUGCGUCUAUACUGGAUCCCGCUCGCGAUACUUGUGGCCAAUUCUCAUGCAAGUGGUACUGCGCUCUCGAGGCCCGAUCACCCCGUAUCGGAAGUAAACCAGGAUGUGGCACCGGUCACAGGCGUUGCUGCUCAUGGAGCUGAUGAUGGUACUUCUCCGCGCCAUCACGAUGUGCUGGCACACAAGACAGAAGAAGAGAGGUUGGUUAAUUUUGGACGGUUUGCCGAAUUACUUAAGCGGUACAUCCCUUAUACGACUGGCUGGCGUGUCAAAAGGAUGAGGAAGAGGCGCAAAGAUGAGAGAGAGGCUGUGAAACGCGUGAACAGUAACUUUUGGCAUGCGAUGGGUUAA